AUGGGCAAUACCAUAUCAACGCCCAACCAGCCAGACCAACAUCAUCAUCAUGGAGGCACAUUAUCUCACAGCUCUCGAAGACCCUCUCAGAAACCAUCAUCCACAAAAAGCCUACGAAAAAUGACUUCCUCAUCGACUCUGUCGAGCUUGAAAAUGUACAGACAAAACAACCGUUCAGAGACUUCAUUAUCAUCAAAGAUGUCGAGCAGGUCAGCUAGUAGAGCCACAUCAAAUUUUGGGGAAAAGAUAUUGGACAUCAGCAAACCGACGAAAUUUGAGCAUGGCAUACAUGUAGAGUAUAAUAGAGACAGUGGGAAAUAUAUGGGCUUACCUGAUGUUUGGCAAUCCAAUCUACCCAGUGAUGAUGUUUUGGACACCCACUAUGUUACUCCUCAUCUUGUGCCUUCGCCAGUAAAACCAGAACGCGAUCCAAGCACACUACAGAAAGCACCUACACUGAUUGGAAAGCCAUACAAUGUUCAGCACAAUGUGCACGUACAAGUUGGAAAAUAUGGAUUCAAGGGAUUACCCAUAAAAUGGCAAAAAAUCCUACUGGCUUCGGGAGUACCUGAGGAAGUGGUUAAAAAUAAUCCUGCUACAGUCGAGAAACUGAUGCAUAAUAUACGUAUGCCUGAUUCACUUCAAUCCAAUGCUGCACACCAUGCGUCUCCCGACAAACCCUCCACAUCCACCACCACAACCAUUUCAUCCUCAUUAUCGACACAUACCAUCGAGGAAGAGCCUUCAGACGAACAAGAUCAUGAAGAAUAUCAAAAGCAACAACAGCAAAAUGACCAGUUACCGAUGGGAUAUGCACCACCCUCACGUGCAAGAUCUUCCAAGCUACUACAUCUCUCAUUAUUUAAAUCAUCCACAGAUAUACCACCUCUUCCAGAGAUAGAGGAUCCCACCAUAACAUAUAAUACUACUAACAAUAAUACCUCAAUUAAUAACAACAGCACUGGUUCACACUUGGCACUCGAUUCAAACUUUAUCGAUGAUCUUGUGGAUGCAGCAGACCCUGUCAAACUAUAUACCGACCUCAUCCUCAUUGCAGAGGGCGAGUCAGGUCCCAUGUACGCUGCCAAACACAUCACUACUAAACGCAUUGUCGCCAUCAAAAAGAUUCCCCACACUGCACAGGAAAAACUGAGCAAGAUUCGCAACGAAUUAACCACCAUGAAGAUGAGCAGACACCCCAACGUAGUGGAAUUCAUCGCCUGCUAUACAACACCUGACGAUAUCUGGGUGGUCAUGGAAUGCAUGGAUGUGUCGCUGGCUGAUAUAAUCUCUAUAUCUGAAAGCCCUCGUAUGCGGGAGGAUCAAAUUGCUCGCGUGGCAAGAGACACGCUCAGAGCACUGUGCAGAAUACACCGUUUGAACCGUAUUCAUAGAGAUAUUCGAAGCGACAAUAUCCUGCUGAAUAUGCGAGGCGAGAUCAAAUUGGCUGAUUUCGGACAUUGUGCACAGUUAUCGAAAACACAGCCUGAAAGAAAUUCAAUUGUAGGCACACCGUACUGGAUGGCGCCUGAAGUGAUUAAAGGCUUACAAUAUAAUGCAAAAGUGGAUAUAUGGAGCCUAGGCGUUGUGCUGAUUGAAAUGGCAGAAGGAGAUCCACCCUAUGUUGAAUAUCCACCAUUAAGAGCAUUAUUUUUGAUUGUAUCCAAUGGGCUACCACCGCUGAAAGAGCCAGAUCGUUGGUCUGAUCAAUUUAAAGAAUUUCUAUCACUUUGCACUACUGUGAAUCAGGAGGAGAGACCUGAUGCGGAUACGCUGCUAAAACACCCAUUCCUUCGAUCUGUUGGAACGACAGAGGACAUGAUUGAACUGAUUGAAGAUACUCGGCGACUGGAACUGCUGGAACAAGAGGCGGAAGAGGAGCAGACCGAGGAUUUAGAAGUUGGUCAUUCAUAA